UAUACCUCGUUUAUAAAGAUCUGUAAAUAUUUAAAUCAAUAUUAAAGAGUGAUUUAGUUUUUCUUAUACCCCAACAUAGUAACAAUGAAACUUGGGAUUUUUAUUGUUGUCACAAUACUAGAUUAUGUUUGUGGUGCUCGUAUAUUAUGCGUUUUCCAAGUGCCAGCCGUUAGCCAUCAAAGAGUGUUCCAGCCUAUUUGGAGAGAGUUAUCUUUACGAGGGCACGAAGUAGUUGUUGUAACACCUAAACCCCUUAAAGACUCAUCAUUAAUAAAUUUAACUGAGAUUGAUGUUAGCGCAGCACAUAGUGAACUUAUCAAACGACAUGGUUUUCAGUUUUUCAUGAAAAAGGAAUAUGCUGUUCAUACAAAAAUACCAAAGUUAUUUGCGAUGCUUUACGAAUCUGCAGAGGUAGUAUUAAAGAAUGAACAGUUUGUGAAAAUUUAUAAUAACUCUAAUCAAAAGUUUGAUGUUGUGAUUACUCAAACGUUUAUUUCACCCAUACUUUAUAGUAUUGCUGCAAAAUUUAAUGCACCGUUAAUAGGAGUUUCUUCUUUGGGAGCAUACAUAGGCACUCAUUUUGCUAUGGGUAACCCAAAUCCACCAUCUUUGUACUCGGAAAUGAUCUUGCCUUACAAUGGAAAGCUUACGCUUUAUGAAAGAAUAAAAAGUACGGCUUACUAUUUCUUUGUUCGAUUUUACCGAACAUUUGUGAUUUUACCUAAAUCAGAUGCACUAGCUAGAAAAUAUUUGGGCAAUGACAUACCUUAUAUUGAGGACAUCGAAAGAAAUAUGAGCCUGUUAUUAAUGACCACCAAUCCAUUUCUGUACACUCCCAGGCCAACUCUACCUACUAUUAUCAGUCUGGAAAGUAUACAUGUUAAACCGACAGAACCUUUACCUGACGAUCUGAAAAACUUCUUGGACGAAUCCAAAGAGGGCGUCAUAUACUUUAGUCUGGGGUCAAAUAUUCAAAGCGUAAAUAUUCCUGAAGAAAUAAGGGAUACUUUGAUAGCUGCCUUUUCUGAAUUACCCUACAAAGUGUUAUGGAAAUUUGAGUCAGAUACUAUGCCAAAUCAGCCAAAAAAUGUUAUUAUUAGAAAAUGGUUACCCCAGAAAGAUGUUCUUGCGCAUCCAAACAUAAAAGCGUUUGUAUCACAAUGCGGUUUACAAUCUCUGGAAGAAGCCGUCUCUAGGGCUGUUCCUAUUGUAGCAUUGCCAUUCAUUGCUGAUCAAGAGAUGAAUGCACAGCGUUUGACAGAACUUGGAGUGGCAGUCAGUCUUGAUUUUGUUACGUUGACAAAAGAAGAGUUUAAGAAGGCUAUAAUUGAAAUCGCCGAAAAUUCCAAGUAUAGAAAAAAUAUGGAGCAUUUGAGACAAAUGUGGACAGAUCAACCGAUGAAUUCCCUUGAUAGAGCUAUGUGGUGGAUAGAAUAUGUCAUUCGAUAUCAAGGUACCACUCAUUUAAGGAGUCCUAUUGCAGAUAUUUCUUGGAUUGAAUAUUUAUUAUUAGAUGUAAUAUGCGUUUUUGUAGCAGUUGGUUUAAUUGUUCUGUAUAUAUUAAAGUUAGUUUCUAGGUUUCUUGUUAAAUUGUGCACUAAAAACAGUAGAAAACAAAAAUCUAUAGGAAACAAAAAAUUAAAAUAAACAAACAGUAUUGU